AUGAAUCAACUUAAAGACCCUAAAUCGGAUCUUUCAAUAACAAUAAAUACUGCAACAGAAAUUUAUACUCUCAAAAAACCAUUUCUUAUUAAAUAUUGCGAAAAUAAAAAAUUAAAAUCAACAGGUACAACUAGUGAAUUAAGAGCUAGACUUAGUAGAUACUUAAAAGGCACCAUAACAUCAGACGACAUAGAUAACAAAUUAAGCAAAGAAGAAUGCGAUUUAAUUUUAAUCAAAGCAAAAACUAACAAAAUCGAUUUUAAAAAAAUAGAAAAAGAAGCAGGAAUACUCGAUUCGAGCGAUUCAAGCACUGACACAAAUACAAUUAAUAAAUUAACUUCAGACAGCUUUUCAGAAAUAUCAAAAGAUAAUUUAAAAUUAUACGAUAAUCUUAAUGCCAGUACAAGCUUAUUUGUGAAUAACACCAAAAAUAUUCUAGAAAAUUCAGAUAUAACUUACCAAAAUUGUCAAAAAGAAAGUUCUGAUACUUAUGAAAAUAUAUUAAAAAAUCUUAAGAUUAAUGAUACUUCUAAUAAUAUUUAUGAGGAAUUAAAAUUAAAUACUCAACCAGAAAAUAGUGAGAUUAUUGAAAAUAAAUUAAUAAAUCUUAAUAAUUCAACAACUAUUGAUUCUAAUAACACAAGGGAACAACCAAAAUUCAAAAACGAAAAUACAGCAAUAAAUAAUCAAAAAGGAGAUAACGUAAACUCUGAAAUUCAUUCUACUCCAUUAAACAAACAACACAGAAAUGACAGAAAAAUUCUAAUGAUUAGACCAGACCAGUUCUCAGGUAAUGAGGACGUAAGAAAAUAUUUCAAGCAAUACGAAAAAGCAGCAGAUGUAAACGGUUGGAAGGACGAAGAUAAAGUAAGAUUUUUAUCGAUAUUCGUAAAAGGUACAGCAAGUAUAUUUUUGGAAAAUUUGGAAGACAAACAAAAUAAUUGGACAUGGAAUAAUUUGAAACAGGAGUUUCUCGACGAAUUUCAACCAAUGGGUUACAAUACAAUUUUAAAAACUAGAUUAGAAAAUAGACGUCAAGGAGAUACAGAGUCUAUAAUGAGUUUUGUAACAGAAAUAGAAAAUAUAUGUAGACAACUAAAUAAAAAUAUGCAGGAAGAAGAAAUUUGCACUUAUAUUUUAAAGGGAUUAAAAGAGACAGUCUUACAUGCGAUUUCAUUACACGACAAUAGCAACCUAAAGGAACUAAAGAAAAAUUUAAAAAAAUUUGAAUUGAUGCAAUUUCGAAUUAAUAACAGAGGACCAGAAUUAAGUGAUUAUACAGAAAUGCUUAAUGAACAUGUAUCUCAACUAAACCAAAAAACAAAAGAAAAAGGAAGAGAAAUCGAUGAACUAAAAAGACAGUUAAUAGAAAGAGAUAGAGAAUACAAAAAGGAGAUGAACCAGUUACGGGAAAAUAUUCAACAAAUCAACAUUACAGGAAGAAGAAAUAAAUCGGUAAACUUCGAUGAUGAAGAAAUAGAUAAUCGAUAUAAUAAUAAAAAUUAUAAUUAUAAUGAAGAUAGGAGCAGAAGUUAUAAUAGAGAAACAAAUUACCGAGGACGACAACGUGAAUACAGAGACCAAAGUCCAUAUCCAGGAAGAACAGAUCACGAAGGCAGCAACAAUUAUAGGGAAAAAAGUCCUUAUUCCGAUAGGUACAACAACUAUAAGCUCAGAGAAAGCAGUAGAGAUAGAUACAAUAACAAUAAAUAUAGAAAUAACAGUAGAGAAAUGAGCAAUAAUAGAGAUAGGUCUGACUCAAGAAAUAGGGAAAACUUCUACGACAGAUCCAGAGAUAGAGAUAGUUAUAAGAACAGAAAUCGUGAAAAUGACAUAAGUAGGAAACAGCACAGUAGGGAAAACAGCAGAGAAAGAUAUUCAAGAUCCACGACGCCGGAAGGAUUUAACAGAAGAGAAAAAAUAACAUGCUACAAAUGCAAUAAUAAAGGACACUAUGCUAGCGAUUGCAAUUUUUCAAAAAACGAAUAG